UGUAAGCUGUAGAAAGAGAAGAAAAGGGAAGAAAAGAAAAGCUUCCUUUAUCUAUUUAUUGACUCUAAAUUGGUCAAUUGCUUUUCCCACCAUUACAAGCUUGCAAGUUUAACAAUGGCUUCUGAGAAGGUUGAGACUGUGAUAGCAGGAAACUACAUAGAAAUGGAGAGAGAAGAAGGAAACUCCAACUCCACUAAAAGCAAAAUAUCACAGUUGUUUUGGCAUGGUGGCUCAGUCUAUGAUGCUUGGUUUAGCUGCGCUUCUAACCAGGUUGCACAAGUGCUUCUCACAUUGCCUUACUCAUUUUCACAACUUGGAAUGCUAUCUGGAAUUCUUUUUCAACUCUUCUAUGGUUUGAUGGGAAGCUGGACUGCUUACCUUAUAAGUAUUCUAUAUGUUGAAUACAGAACUAGGAAGGAAAGAGAAAAGGUGGAUUUUAGAAAUCAUGUUAUUCAGUGGUUUGAAGUCCUUGAUGGGCUACUGGGGAAACACUGGAGAAAUGCAGGCCUCAUUUUCAACUGCACUUUUCUUCUAUUUGGAUCUGUCAUUCAAUUGAUUGCCUGUGCAAGCAACAUUUACUACAUAAAUGACAAUCUGGACAAGAGAACAUGGACCUACAUCUUUGGAGCAUGUUGUGCAACUACUGUCUUCAUUCCUUCAUUCCAUAAUUACAGAAUUUGGUCUUUCUUAGGCCUUAUAAUGACUACUUAUACUGCAUGGUAUCUCACAAUUGCUUCUCUUAUUCAUGGACAGAUUGAUGGAGUGAAACACUCUGGUCCAUCCACAAUGGUUCUCUACUUUACUGGGGCUACCAACAUUCUUUACACCUUUGGUGGGCAUGCUGUUACAGUGGAAAUUAUGCAUGCAAUGUGGAAGCCACAGAAGUUCAAGCUAAUAUAUCUGAUGGCAACAUUAUAUGUGUUAACUCUAACACUUCCCUCAGCUUCUGCUGUUUAUUGGGCAUUUGGGGACCUUCUACUUACCCAUUCUAAUGCUCUCUCUUUACUCCCAAGAACUGGAUAUAGAGACACUGCAGUAGUCCUCAUGCUGAUUCAUCAGUUCAUAACAUUUGGAUUUGCUUGCACUCCCUUAUACUUUGUGUGGGAAAAAUUCAUUAGAGUACAUGAAACAAAGAGUGUGUUCAAGAGAGCUUUGGCUAGACUUCCUGUGGUGAUACCAAUAUGGUUCCUGGCUAUUAUCUUUCCUUUCUUUGGUCCUAUCAACUCAACCGUUGGAUCUCUUCUUGUCAGCUUUACAGUCUACAUAAUCCCAGCAUUAGCACACAUGAUUACUUUCUCAACUGCGUCUGCUCGAGAGAAUGCAGUAGAGAGACCACCAUCAUUUCUUGGAGGAUGGGUUGGCCAAUUUUGCAUGAACAUAUUUGUAGUAGUAUGGGUUUUCAUUGUGGGAUUUGGAUUUGGAGGAUGGGCAAGUAUGCUUAACUUCAUACGUCAAAUUGAUACAUUUGGGGUGUUCACCAAAUGCUACCAGUGCCCACCUCACAAGGCUUGAGUAUUAUAAUUAAAUCCCUACUUUCACAAAAGAACUUUAUUAACAUUUUUAAGAUAAAAGUGUGUAAAGAGAUUGGCAUUUGUAACUUUUUAUUUUCUUCUUUCCUUCUAAGAGCUAUUAUUGAUGGUUUUCCAAAAGGUGUGAUGGCAAUCAUGGCCAUCCCCCCUUAUACAGACGCUAUAGUUGUAACUUGUGUGUUGAUUAGUUUUUUCAAGAAUGCAACUCCCUUUGUUUUUGUGGGAUA